AUGACUUGCAAUUUAAGUGGCACCUCGAAUUGGCUUUCUGGCGAAGAACGAUCACGUUUAGAAGCUGUACAACGAGACUGGCGUCUUUCGAGACCCGCUAAACCUUACUCGCCAUGGAGUCGUUAUCGACAGCCGUCAGUAGACAAGUCAUCGAAGUCACCAGGAACUAUUGCACGGAAUGACGCAAGCACACAUCAACAAACUUUGUUCGGACGAAACAGAAUCCCAGCUGUUCCAUCACUUUCAACACAAUCUGGUCCUCAAGGAAGUGAGAAGAUCCACGAAACAGUGGAUGAGGAAGAUGAAAAGAAGAAAAUUGAGGAGGACACUGCAGUGAUUUCAGAAACUCCGUCACCUUUGCCGUCACAUGAGAAUGAGAAGAAAGAUGAAUUAGCUAAAACAGAGGAAAAACAGCGAGAGGUCGUAGAUGAUGACGUCGAUGCGGAGGAGGAGAAGCCCAUCGACAAGUCUCCAGAUGGACGAUUUUUGAAAUUUGACGAAGAGCUGGGACGUGGGUCGUUCAAGACUGUGUACCGUGGCCUGGAUACGGAAACAGGAGUUGCAGUUGCAUGGUGUGAACUUCAAGAGAGCAAGCUGAACAAGGCAGAAAGACAACGUUUUCGGGAGGAAGCCGAAAUGCUAAAAGGAUUGCAACAUCCCAAUAUUGUGCGGUUUUAUGAUUAUUGGGAAAGGCAGGAUCAUGCUGGAAAGAAAAGAUACAUUGUACUGGUAACAGAAUUGAUGACAUCUGGAACGUUGAAAAUGUAUCUGAAACGAUUCAAACGGAUAAACAUAAAGGUGUUGAAGUCAUGGUGUCGGCAAAUUCUGAAGGGACUUUCUUUCCUUCAUUCACGUAAUCCACCGGUAAUUCAUAGAGAUCUCAAAUGUGAUAACAUCUUUAUCACAGGUACAACAGGAAGUGUUAAAAUUGGCGACUUGGGGUUGGCAACUCUGAAAAAUAAAUCAUAUGCUAAAAGCGUUAUCGGAACACCAGAAUUUAUGGCGCCUGAAAUGUAUGAAGAAAUGUAUGAUGAAAGUGUUGAUGUAUACGCAUUUGGAAUGUGCUUACUGGAGAUGGUUACUGGUGAAUAUCCGUAUAGCGAAUGUCAGUUUCCUGCUCAGAUUUAUCGUAAAGUAACUACAGGUGUGAAGCCAGAAUGCUUCAGCAGAAUUCCCCAACAGUAUCCUGAAAUUCGGGAGAUUAUUGACCGAUGCAUACGGGUUCGUCGUGAAGAAAGGUCAACCGUUAAACAGUUGUUGUCGGAUGACUUCUUCACUCCAGAAGAGUUGAUCGGUAUACGGGUUGAAAUAAAAAACCGAGAUGCAGAUCUUAGUGAUGUUAAUUCUGAAAUCCAAAUGCAGUUGAGAGUGUUUGAUGAAAAAAAGCGGAAACAGUAUCGCUUUAAAGAAAAUGAAGGAUUGCAAUUUGCUUUUGAUAUUGAAGCUGAUAAGGCGGAAGAAGUAGUACAGCAAAUGAUUGAACAGCAGCAUAUUCCUGAAGAAGAUACGCGCAUGAUUACGAAGCUUAUCAAGGAUAAGGUUGAAGCAUUCAAGCGUGAUCGCGAAUUCCGACAUGCGGAACUGAAACGCUUGCGGGAAGAGGAACAAAGAAAGCAAGAGGAAGAAGCAAUUCGUAAUGAAAUGCUGCUGAGAGCCAGAGAGAAAGAGCGUAUGGAACGUGAAGCUGCGGCUGUUGAGCAACAGCAACAGUCGCAACAACAACCGCAGCAGUCGCAACAGCAACAAAUACCACAGCAGCUGCAGCCAGCCGGUGCAUCGUCGGAAAACGAUGAUCAUCACGAUGGACCAGUGAAACAUAAGAAAUCGAAGAAAAAAGUUGUGAUCGAAGUGCUUCGCGUUGUAAUGGAUGAAACUAAUCACCAGCCUCUCGUCAGUUGCCGUCUUGACACAUCGCACAAGACAGUUACGUUUCAGUUUGCACCGGAUUCUGACAAGCCGUCCGUGAUUACUAAGAAAUUGUUGGAUCAAGAUUGUUUAACAAAUCCGCAAGUAGGAAUUGUUAUAGAUCAGCUCGAGAAAAUUAUCCAGAUGAUUAUUGCUGAUCCAGCUAAAGCAGUUGGUGUCAAAAUUAUCAGUUUUUUGGAUUCAACGUCGACAAAUGCCGAUGUAGAAGUGACAGCGAGCCAGUCGAACAUUUCAACUAAUGCCACUUGCAUUUCGACUAAUGCCACUGGUUCUACGGAUAUUUCGGGGGAAUCGAACGGAGCCGUAACAGCUACAUCCUCUACACAAAAUUUUCAGACUGUUCAUCCUCUAGCAACAUUGAAAAAUCAGUCAUUUGAUCAAACGGUGGUAAAUUCUGCUGCCUUACAGACGACACCAGAAACUACCGAAUCAGCCGUUAUUUCAAGUUCAUCGAAACCAGCUGCUUCUGCCCUGCAAAGUUCAUCCGGAAUGGCGCAGCUUCCAGCACCUUCAACUCAACAACCUUCAGUUUCAGUUGCUUCACAUACAGCUGCAUCAAACACAACAACAACUCCCAGUAUUGCAACUCCUGUACCAGCUCCUGCUCCAGCAGCAGCAGCAGCAACCAAGACAUCACGUUUCUUGGUCACCAAAUCAACUUUGCCUAUUGAUAUUAGUAAUUCAGCUACUGUUCCGCUUCUUGGUUCUAAUCAUCAAGAACACGCAGUAAAGGAUGCUCCGUCAAUAGUAAUUGCCGUUAGUAAUAGUACGUCGACACCGUCAAUCAACCCAUCUCAAACUGUGAAUGCAUCAACAGCAGGUUUGCAGCAUGUAGCAAGUGGUGAUUCACGUACAACGCUGAAAAAAUUGGAGAGUGAACUUUGUAAAGUAAGCGGCGUAAAUCCACCGAAUAUAAGCGGUGCAAAUCCACCGAAUAACACUCCGAGUUUGACGAAUUCUGUAUCGAUUCCACCGUCUGAACUUCCUGCGGUUUUUGGAGGUUCGUUAUCCUGUACAUCUUUACCGCAUACGCCGUCCGUUUCUAGCAAUUUAACGCAUAAUUUGGCCGAUCUAAAUGACAAGUUGUUGGCGCUGAGUCAAAAAAUGCAAGGUGAACAAAUGGAAGAAGUUGGUUGCCAGAAUAACGAAAUCGUUACACCAAUAUCACAGACACAGCAAUCUCCAGCAAUCACGCCUAUUUUAUCAAGUGCUUCGGUAGUACCAUUAGUGCCGACAACACUACCAAAUAUCGUAUCUGGAACGAUAACACCUGGCAAAACAAGUGCUACUCCGGAAGCCGGAAUCCUUCAUGUUGAUACACUAAAUGGACUUGCUGAUGCUCUGCAGAAGGUAAUUCAUGUUGAGCCUCGUGAAACUGGUUCUGUACCACCAUCAGGUAUUGAUACUGCCGGUCAUAUCGCACCAUUACCUACUGAGCACCAGUCACCAAGUACAACGAACAUGCUUCAUGCGGGUGUUACAAGUUUGCAGGACAUCAAUUUUGGAGUAGAUAGGAGAACUGUGCCUGCCAAUGAUACAACAAAGCACACAUCGGAAGAUGUGAAAAAUAUAGGCAAUACAGGAGAAGGCGAAGGAGGAGGGAAUGUAAAAUCGGAAGAUGGGAAUUAUUCGGAGGUCGCAUCACCAAAUGUUCCAAACAACGCUGAAGCAACGUCAAAUAUUCUCCCAGCAGCUACCCAAAUAAAUAACUGUGCAAGUACGGUAGUAGCAGAUGGUGGUGGUUCGGCAACGAAUUCAGCUCCGCUGGCUAAAUUUGAAAAUUUGGAAACAGCGCUAACAACGACAUUGGGCACACAUGGGUGUUGUCCAACGGUACCUCAUAUCGUUAAUUCAACGCAUCCAAAUUACCGUAUCAAUAAUGUUGCAAAUACAGAUACUCAACAAACAGGCUUAACGCAGGUUUCGUCGAUGGAUGGGAUUCACACUUCUCAGCAACCUUGCAAUACGAUGUCCGAAGGGUGCGAAGCAACGCAAAGAUCGAACGGUGAACUUACUUCAGUAGUAGUGCCGGCAGGAGCGGUAUUUCAUGUUGGUACACCGCCACCAACACAUUUCAGCGAUUCGGCUAGUCAAACGGAAUUGAUCAGUACGCGUGAUCCGCUCGACCAUAUGUUUAGCCCAACAACGUCUUACAACUCCGACUGUGAUUUUCAGCUUGAUGAGGAAUUUAAUGAGGAGGACGAUGAAUUAAUACAGUCGCUUAUACAGAGACACAGAAUUGAAAUGGAAUUGUUACGCGAGCGACAACGUCGUGAAUUGCAAGUAGCACGUCUACGUUUGCGUCAUAAUCAGCUGAGCAAUGGAAACACACUGCUGGCAGCAGUUGGUGGCGGUUUGACUCAUUCCGUCGAUAGCUCUGGAAGUAGCCUGCAUGGUCCAAUUCACAUUCCAUAUCAUCCUAUUACUAGUCCCUACAUCAGUUCACGAUUAACUCUUCCUUCAUCGAUAUCGCUUCCAGGCAGUCCACCACAGAAUAGUUUCCUUGGACAACAUCUUGCACCGUUGAGAGAUACCCUACCGCGACGAGCAUAUGCAACAUCGUUGAUUGAAUCUACUCGUCAUGCUUCAGUCGAUGCAGCGUUAUCUCGUAGACCAACUCAUUCCUCAGCUCAUUAUCCUCUUCAAAUUAUCAGUAAUGCAGUUGAUCAGCACCGCCAUCAUCAUUACCAUCAUCAUCAUCAUCAGCAGCAGCAACAACACCAGGAGCAGCAACAGCAACAACAACAGGGGAGCAUUCUGAACAGCAAUUUAGAUCAUGGUAAUUUACAUGGAGGCAUUUUGUCAAGACAACCAGCAGCACCAACAAUCAUGCAUAGAACAAGUGCUAUUACGGAGGUCGCGCCAUCGCUUAAUUACAACAUUGAACGUCAGCUACGUGAAACAUUUAGUACACCUCCGCAAUGA